AUGGCGAAGAAAAUGAUGAGCCAGCCUGGUUUGGUGGAAGAAUUUAUCAAAAUAGUUGAUAGUUUUGGAGGAGAAGAUUGUAGGAAUUGGGCACAUGUGGCUCGAAUUCUCUUUAAUGCUUGCUAAUUUCAAGUGAAGUCUCCUCAAAAACUUAAACGGAUUUAUGAGUCUUUUAAAGUUCCUAAAUAAGAAUUGUCCAAUUUUUAAUUUUCAAAAUUAUUGGAAAUAGACAUCAAAUGCAGAGGGAAUCAUAUCACAGCAACCAAAGAUUUUUUUAAUUAAACUGGUGUCAGAAUGUCUUAAUGUAGAUUUAAAGAGCAUGCAGUUUUGGGCAUAAGAAACACUUUGAAGGUUUUAGUCAAGAUAUUAGGAACUAAGAAGAAAUCCCUUUAAUCAGUCUUAAGCAGGUUUUCAUAUACUUCAAUUCAAAUAAUGUUUAGAGCUGCUGAUUGUAAGGAUAAGGAUGUGUUAAUCUAAGAAAUACAACAAUAUGCCAAACUCUUUGAAUAGGCCUACCUGAUUUACGCUGAGAAUCAUUUUAAGAGUCAAUCAGAUUUAUUCGAACUAUUGAAACCAUUGAUGAACAGACAGUAAUUCCGAAGAGGAUUAUUUUAUCUAUUCUUUAUCGAUGAAUUGAAGUCGAUCUCUUUAAAAUAGAUCUAAGAUGAUAACGAUUUGAAAAAUCAUCCAUUGUUGCAGAAGACAAUUGAGUUAAAUAAGAAAUUACCAUUUUAUCAGAAAGUUGUUAAUUUAUGUGAUCGAGAAGAGAAGUACAAUAUGUAUUGUACUUACAAUAACAAUGAUGAUCAAUUCUUUAAGAUGUACAUGAAUGAGAAUCAAUUGAAGAAGAGACAGGCUCUUUAGAUAAGGAAACAGAAUGAGAAUCUAAAAACGGUGAGAGGCAAGAUCCAUUAGCCAGGAGAUUAAUUAUUUCGAGGGUGGAAGACAGUUGUAUUUUAGCCAGAUGAGGAUGUAAUGACAGUUGAUAAGGAAGCUCAAUUGAAGCGGGAAUUGAAGAGGAAAAGAAUGCAGGAAUUGUAUGAGGUAGCUUUUGGAGAAGAUAAUAAUUGA